UCUGAUAUAAAUCCUCUUCUGCUGUAAUUCACUGCCCACAGUCCUGCCAAUAAAAACAAGACUCAUCCCUGCAGAGGAUAGCUCUAUUCUCCAUAGCCUGCAGCACAACCACAUCCUUCUCCUGUGACCUUCCAGUCAUGAAGUUUAUUUUCCUGUUUCUUGCCAUCCUUCUGGCCAUGGAACCAGUGGUAUCAGAGGAAGAAUGUUGGAUGAAGGGAAAAUGCCGGUUGGUAUGCAAAAAUGAUGAAGACAGUGUCACACGCUGCUCAAAUCGUAAACGGUGCUGUAUCCUUAGUCGUUAUUUGACAAUCGUACCAAUGACAAUUGAUCGAAUGCUCCCUUGGACCACUCCUCAAGUGAAACAAGAAACAGAGAGUUAAGGCCAAACUUGUCAAUACAGGGAAGAUACAUGGAAAUCAUGGAUAGAAAUGACUUUGUUUCCUGUUCUUUAGUUCCUACAUUCCAUUAAAACUUGCAA